GUCUGGUUGCAUAACUUUGAGAAAAUAUUAAACGUCAAAGAUAAGCAAAGCAUUUUCUUAUUGGAAAAUUUGACGGGGAAAUGGAAGUACUUCCUUUAAAUUUCACCGAGAUUUGUCGCACUUGUCUGACGAAACCUUUGGAAUACAGAAGCAUCAAUGAUUCAGUAAUGGUUGGUGUUACUUUAGCGCAAAUGUUAAAUUCAUGUACUUCCAUUCAAAUUGAAGAGACUGAUGCAAACCUACCAUUGAAUAUUUGCAACUAUUGUAUAGAUCAAAUAUCAGUUGCAUACAAGUUUAAGAUUAAGAGUGAACAAGUUGAUUCAACUCUGAGGGCUUACCUGGAUACUGAGUGUGGUAACAAGGAUGAGGUAUUUUCAAGUGAAGAAGAGGCUGAAUCAGAUGGAGAUGAAGAUAAGACAAAAACGUUUGAUUGUGAAUUAUGUGAUAAGAAGUACAGGCAGAAGACUGGGCUGAUUCUACAUAAGAAGCUGCACAAUGAAGAGAAGGAGUUUUUAUGCAGUUACUGUGGAAAAUGUUUUGUUAGGUCUGUUGAUUUGGUUAGGCACAACAGGACUCAUACAGAUGAAAGACCUUAUUUGUGCAAAUUUUGUAAUAGAGGUUUCAAACAGAAAUUCCAUUUGUCAGAGCAUGAGAGGUCUCAUAUCGGCGCAAAGAAUUACGAAUGCCAAAAGUGCGGAAAGUCGUUCGUGAGGUAUGGUGUUUUAAUGACGCACAUGAGAACGCACUCUGGGUUUAAACCUUACGAAUGCACGAUUUGCAAGAAGAGAUUUAUCGCUACGGACACUUUAUCUAAACAUAUGAAGAAUCACGAGGAUGAACGAAAGCAUUUCUGCAGUAUUUGCGGUCAGAGUUUCAAUGAGCCACAGCAGUUGGAAGAGCAUAUGCGGGUGCACACGGGCGAAAAACCUUUCGAAUGCGACGUUUGUUUCAAGACAUUCACUCAAAAGGGCGGUCUAGAUGCUCAUAGGUACGCCCACACCGGCGAUAAACCAUUCCUAUGUGCGAUUUGCGGCAAAUCUUUCGUCCGAUCUGCGGAUUUCAAGAGACACAACCGAAUACACAGCGACGAAAGACCAUUCUCUUGCCCGAAAUGUCCAAAAGCCUUCACCCAGAGCUCGCAUCUGAAUGAACAUAUUGUAUCGCACACCGGUGAAAGGGUUUACGCGUGCACGGCGUGCAACAAGACGUUCGCCCACAGUAAAUCGCUGAAGAAUCAUCUGGUAACGCAUGGCGAGAAACUUUUUGCUUGCGCUUACUGCGACAAGAAGUUUACCAAUAACUAUUCCUUAAGCAAACAUGUUCUAACACACAAUAGAGAAAGACCCUACGAGUGCUUCAUAUGCCAUAAGGGUUUCACGCAGUCAGCCCAUCUACAGACGCAUAUCAAGAUUCAUACUGGCGAUAAACCAUUUGUGUGCGUUAUCUGCAAUAAAGCGUUUACAUUGAAUACGCGGUUGACGAUACAUAUGAGAACGCACACAGGGGAAAAACCUUACACUUGCUCGACUUGUGAGCGAUCCUUUACCACAUCUACCAUGCUCAAAGUUCACAUGCGUACUCAUACUGGUGAGACGCCCUAUGGGUGUCCUUCGUGUCCCAAGGCUUUCGCUAGAUCUGAUACGUUAAAUGUACAUAGACGAUCAAGCGGACAUUAAUA